CUGUGUUUUCGUUAUGGAAGCAUAGCUUUAUUAAUUAUUCAUUAUUAAUUAAGUCCAUCAAUCUUUGAAGUCUAUGUUUGGAAGGAAAAAAUAUUAUAUAAAACAUGGAUAUAGAUGAACGGUGUAUUAAUAUUAGCGAAGAGGUACAUAAUACCUGUGAUGGAGUAAAGUUGGAAGAAAAAUUAGGAAUAGUGAACAUAUUUGAACAGUUUAUAGACGAAGAACGAAUUCAUGAUAGAGAAGAAUAUAUAAUUAAGAGUGAAGAAAAUUACUCAAAUUCCUUUUAUAUAGAUGCAAAUCAAUCACCUGCCUCUUGUACCAAGAAAGAACCACCAAGUGAUAAAUCUGAACCUUUUUACUCAGACCAGUUUGAAUUUUCUGAAAGUCAAAAUGAUUAUUCUGCUGGUGAAGAAACAUAUCUCGAUAAACACUUACAGUAUAAUGAUACUGCCAAUCCUGAAGAUGAGGAGAAAUUGCAUGUUAAAUUAGGAAUCAUAAACGUCUCAGAACAGUUUAUAGACCAAGAAAAAGUUCAUGAUAGAGAAGAAUAUAUAAUCAAGAAAGAAGAAACUAACACAAACUGUUCAGAUAUACCAGUGGAUGCAAAUCAAUCAGCUGACCCUGUCUCCGAAAAAGUAUUUGAUCCAGAAAUCAAUAACACUCUUUUGAACCACAAGUGUCAUAUGUGUGAUUUUGUUGCCAAUUAUGAAAAAGACCUUAAAGUACACAUAAAAUCUGUGCAUUCGAAAAUUAAAAAACACAAGUGUCAUCUAUGUAAGUAUAUUACAAAUAGAAAAUGCGAACUUCAAUAUCACAUAAAAUCUGUUCAUGUAAAACUUAGAGAGCACCAGUGUCACUUAUGUGAUUAUGCUGCGGUUGUCAAAAAGCACCUUGACAUACACAUAAAAACUGUACAUUUGAACAUUAAGGAGCACAAGUGCCACCUAUGUGAAUUUGCUGCUAGUAUCAAAACAAAACUUGAAAUACACAUAAAAGCUGUUCAUUUGAAAAUAAAGGAAUACAAGUGUCAACAUUGUGACCAUGUCACAAGUAGAAAAGAUCAUCUUAAAGAUCAUAUCGACUCUAUUCAUUUAAAUAUCAAGAAUCACAAGUGUCACUUAUGCGAAUAUGCUACUAAUAGAAAAAAAAACCUUGAACUACACAUAAAAUAUGUUCAUUUGAAAAUUAAGGGACACAAGUGUCAUCUUUGUCUGUAUAGUACAAGUAGAAAAGAUACUCUUCAAAAACAUAUUGACGGUGUUCAUUUAAAACUUAAGAAACACCAAUGUCACUUAUGUGAAUAUGCUGUGAGUAGCAAAAAACUACUUCAAAUACACUUAGAAGCUGUUCAUUCGGAAAUAACGGAAUACAAGUGUCAACAUUGUGACUUUAUCACAAAUAGAAAUGAUCAUCUUAAAGAUCAUAUCGACUCUGUUCAUUUAAAUAACAAGAAUCACAAGUGUCACUUAUGCGAAUAUGCUACGAAUAGAAAACAAAACCUUGAAGUACAUAUAAAAACUGUUCAUUUGAAAAUUAAGGAACACAAGUGUCAUCUUUGUCAGUAUAGUACAAGUAGAAGAGAUAUUCUUCAAAAUCAUAUUGACUGUGUUCAUUUAAAAAUAAAAAAACACCAAUGUCACUUAUGUGGAUGUGCUGUGAGUAGCAAAAAACUACUACAAAUACACAUCAGUUCUACUCACUUCAAAAUUAAGGAAGAGAAGUGUUAACUCUUUCAAGUAGGAUGGUUCAAAUUUUGAACCACGCUGUGGUGUAAAAUUUAAACCACUAUACACGGUGUCCCGUAAAGACCACGUCAAACGAAAACGGAAAGUAGAUCAGAAUGUGCUCUACCUGAUGUGAAAAAAUCGUUCAUAUGAAAGUCUCACAGUU